GCCCUCCCCGCCCCUUUUGGGCGAAGGCUCCGACCGAAGCGGCAAGAGACGGCGAGGCCAGAGGAGCGCCGCGGCCGCAGCAGAGCCCUGUCUCUUCCUCUCUUCCCCUCUUCCCCCGUUUUCCGCGAUGCAGCGCCGGGACUGGGACGAGCAGCAAGAGCUGCGGGAGCUCAACACCCGCCUGAGCCUCUUCGUGGCGCGGGUGCGGGACCUGGAGCAGGAGAACCGCCUCCUGGCGCAAGAGUUGGCUUCUCUGCGCGGGUCGGGAGCGCGCCGCGACUUCAAGGAGAAGGAAAGCGAACUGUCGGCGCUGCGCCGGGCGGUGAGCGAGCUGAAGCGGGGCAAAGACGCAGCCGAGACGGAACGGGACGCUUUGCGACGGGAGCUCACGCAGCUGCAACGCUUCAGCACGGAUCAGCGCCACCGCCGCCUUCCAGAGUUGGACGCCCUGCGCCGGGAAUGGGACGCCUUGCAGUCGGACUGCGCCGCUCUGGAGGCCUUCCUGGAGCAGCUUCAACGAGAGAAGGUUUGGCUGCAGGAGGAAGCGGAGAAAGUGCGGCAACAGAGGGCGCGCAGAGCGGCACCUGCGCCGCUUCUUCUCCCGCCAGCGAGCGAGGAGGGCUCUUCUGCGCUGGUGCUGAGCUGGAGCUGCGGGCAAAAUUGGGAGCGCCAUGAGGCCGGGCUGUGGGCGCUGCAGCAGCUCCUGGAAGAAGGGCCCCUCCGCGCAAAGGACGAGGCGCAACAGGUGCGCACCCACAACCAGCAGAGCCACAAGCAGGUGGAGGAGCUGCAUCGAAGGUGGCAGGAACUAGCCGCCAUGGAGGAGCAGCUGUGCAAAGAGCGCCUCGCCCAAGAAGAGCACCAAGGAGCCCAGAGGGCACACUACCAGAUGAUAAUCGAAGCCCUUGAAGAGGAAAAGCAGUUCCUGAUGAUGUCCAUCGCAGAGUACCUAAAGGACUAUCAUGAGCUCCUCCAGGUGAAAGCGAGCCUCAGCCUUGAAAUUGCAACCUACAGAGCUUUGCUUGAAGGAGAGAGCAGCCAGUGGAUUCUUAUGUGGGACGAAGCGCAUGGAAGGAAGUUGCCACAAGGUGUCCGGAACAUGCUUUAUGAAUACAGCAACUGCCGUUCAGAUUAUGAACAGAGGAAAGGGAAGAGGACUUUCCCAGCAAUCCGGGAUGUUGAUGCAAGAUAUAAAUCUCCCACAACGAAUAUUCACAGCUCUACUGUUUAUUCAUCUCAAACAAAAACCAACCGAGCUUCUGGGAAGACUUUUGCAAGAGAUGCCUUCAAGUCACAGUAUCAUCCUUCAUCCACGAUCAAAAGAGACGCGACCGUAAUGGAGAAGAGAGAUACCAUAGCCUUUGCUCCUUCCUAUCUUACUAGCCAUGAAACCCGACGAGUAUUUCCUCCUGAAAGGAAAACAACCGAAGCUGGAAGGACGGUAUCUUUUUCAAAGGAAUCAACAAGCAUCCAGAAAGGUACAACAUCAUACCCGAAUAGAUCGGACAAUGUGAAAGCCAGAGUUAACAUUUCUUCAUUUCCACCUCGCAGCCUAAGCUCCAGUUCGAAAGAAACUGAAUAUGAGAAAACAGUAGACAGGACACAUACUGUGGUGAACAAUGAGAUCAAAGACAGCAAGCCGGCGGAACAGGGAAAGAUUGUUUUGCUCGAAGGUGGUGAGAAAAAAGAAGUAUUUGCCAAAGAAAGAGCAGUUUCUGAUAUGGAGAGGCUGAGAGAGAAGCCAGCCAAAAUCGAAGGAAAGGCUAACUUUGAACGGAACACAGAAAAGAAACAGAUAGCGGAAGAAUUUGCCAUUAAACAUAACAAAGCAAAUGACACGAUUGUGGCAGAUAAAACACCCAAGGAUGUCACAUGGCAAGACCAGAUGAGAAAAGAUUUGUCCGGAAAAAACGUUCCAGCAGAUACAGAGAUGGAGGAAAGUCAUUUGUUUCAAAGGGGCAGAAAUGUGAGCGUGGUGACACAAAGUGAAGAAGCCGUUGAGAUCCCGUCUCAUUUGGAUGUGCAAAUGGUGAAGACCAACAAAGCGGAACAUAGAGCAUCUUCCGAAGACCGUCAGAAAGGAGAAGCCUCAGUGAAAGUCACCCGAGAAGGUGAAGUCAGUGGAGAAGAAGGCUCCCGAAUGGAUACAUUGCUUACAGAAAGCAUAGCCGAAAGCAUUGUUUCUGACAUCCUGAAAGGUUUUGUGCAAAAGCCUUCCGAAGCAGGACCUCCGCCUGCGACCAAAGCCACCUCCUUUGAGAAGAAAGAAGUCUUCGAGGCUGGAAAAUUAAAGACUGAAAUCAAAGUCCAGGCGGCACUUCAGCCUGACCUGGAUGUUUCUGAGGAUUUUGACUUGGUUAGCUUCUUAAAGCAAGAUGCUAAAAAGGUCCUAGAAGGCAGUAAAGGAGCUCCAUCCAAAGAGGUCGUAGAAGACAUCAUUAACGCCGGGGCGAAGGGAAUGGAAGGCAAACCGAAAAGGUCUGUUCGUGUUGAGAUUGUUGAGGAGCCGCUCGGGUCUUCAGCUGAGGAACGAAUGGAGUUUUCCACACCGUUCGAAGUGGAAGAAGCUGAGGAUACGUUUCCCAGUAUGGUGGAACACCCACACUAUGGUUACGAAGAGAGACAUAGCACACAAGCUGAAAGGGGCACAAAGGAGAAGCAACCCAGUGUCCUUGUGUCCCAUGUAGAAGAAGUAGCUGAAGGGGAUGAUAUAGUCGAUGAAGAAAAGUACUUUGUGUCAACCCCAGAUGACCAUCCCUUGGGUCACGAGGAAGAUGAGAGCUCCGUCUAUGGCCAGAUCCAUAUUGAAGAAGAAUCGACCGUGAAGUAUUCGUGGCAAGACGAAUUUCUUCAGGGGUCUCAAACAAAGAUAAGCGAGAGCCCAGGCUCACCAGAAACGAUCUACCAGCUGGUGGGGGAAGAGGCGGGCACCUUUAUUUCAAAGGAGGAAGCGGCCAAGGAGAAGGUGGCCCAUGCCGAAUCCUUUGUUAUUGAGAAGGAGAUCAAAAUCCCGCAUGAGUUUCAGGAAUCGAUAAAAAGUCUCUUUGCUGAAGAGUCAAAGGACCCCAAGCAUCAGUUGAAAGAAGCGCUAGAAAAGCUUGACGACACUCUUCCUGAAAGCAUCAAACAGGAACUCUCCGUGUUGACAAAAGAGAGUCACGGGGAUGCCAGCAGCCUGGAAGUGGACAUUAAAAAAGUGGAAAACACCAAAAAAGGAGGAUUGGUUACCAUUGUUGCAGAAGUCAGUCUGUCCCAGACACUCGAGCCUAACCAGAUUACUUCAGAAUUGCUCAGCAAAGAUAUGGCUGAUGAGGUCAGGUUUCCGUCCCCAACCGAAGGAGAUUUUGAUGCAUACCGGAAACAAGGCUUCGGAAGUGGCGAUGCCGAUAGCAAGAACAUUGGUGUACAUGUUUCUUCUGCACCUUGGACUGUAGAAGAGGUUUCUAACUCAGCCAAACUCAGUAGUCAUGAUGGCUUGCAGUAUCUUUCCAACGAACAAGUUAUCCAUCAAGGCCCCGUCUUCACAAGCGUGGUGACUGAGAGUAGAGAGGAACUGUAUCCUUCGCAAAGGUCAUUCGAUAUUAACAGGCGAGUGCAGCAAGUUGUAAUGAGUCCGACAGAAAUUCACAGAACUGAGCAGGUCCGCUAUGAAAGUCCCGUUUCCGACAGCCUGGAGUUUGGCAGGAGCGACUUUGGGACGGAAGCAUCAGCAAGUGUCGGUCAAUCCGUUAGGGAAUUCAGACAUGGCCCUGAAGAAAUCCAAACCACAGAAAAAGUCAUUUAUAGAGGACCUGUUCAUAAAACAGUGGAAGUGAGUGAUUCCGAAGGUCCUGCUCAGGCACAAAUUUCAACUGAUAUCCGGUCCUCUAAACACAUCACCUUGGGUUCAAAACAGAUCGUUGAAGAAACCGUGUUUGAGGACAGGUCGAAUCAGAGUAGUGAGACCCUUUGGCAAAUGAAGGGGCCAGAAGACUCCAGCAGAACAGUGAGGCACAUUCGGAUAGAGCCGAAAGAAGUACAUGCUGAGCAGGUUAUAUAUGAAGGAGUCCUUCCUGGGUUCACAGAGCUCAGUUCUUCUGGAGACCAUGCUCAGGUUGAAGAGUCAGUGACAAACAUUAGAAUAGGACAGAGAGAGACCCGCUUAGCAGACCAAAGUAGUUACGAAGACUCUCUCCACAAGACGCUUGAAUCGGAUCCAGACAGCAAGGAGCAGAUGCGGAAUACAAACACCGUUGUACAUCACAUCACGUUAAGCCCGAAGGAAUUUGUAACGGAGCAAAUUGUUUUUACGGGGCCUGUUUCCGAACAGCACUUGAAGCUCAAUGAGCAGGUCCAGAUCUUUCCCUCCGAAGGAUUGAUAAAGGACAUUAAAUUAGGGCCAAAGGAAAUCCACAGCAUUGAGCACAUCGUGUGCCAAGGUUCAGAAUCCUCUGGCAUCAGUUCUUCGGGAGAAGAUGUUUUGGAAGAAGUGGGCUCCACAGAGAUGAGCCGAUCGAUGCGGCACAUCCAACUGAGCGCCAAUGAAACCCCUGGAAGGUCGAUCAUAUUCCAUGGACCUGUUUCUGAAACAUUGAGUUUCAGCGCUGCUGACCUUUCUCCAACAGACGGGCCCUCAGAAAGCAGCCAAUCUGCUGAGCAUAUAAAGAUAGGACCUAAGGAAACGUCUUUUACUUUUCAGAUGGAUGUAACCAACGUGGCAGGUAGAAGUCCAGCAGCAACCAUUGUUGUGCCAAGCAAGAAAGGAGCAGAGGCCCAUUUGCUGGAAAGCGGGCCAAAGGAGGCUGAAAAUGAACGCAGAUCAGAGGUGUUGACAUUUGAUCAGACUGUCCAGCUGCAAAGGAUGGUUGACCAAAGAUCGGUGAUUUCUGAUGAGAAGAAAAUUGCCCUUCUGUACCUGAACGAGAAGGAAAAGGAAGAGGACGACGAGGAUGACGGACCUUGGUUUUGAAAAAGAAGAUUUUCAAUGUGCCCUGUUUAGCGGCUUAAAUGCCACUUAUAUGUAGUUAACUUGUUAGAAAACAGGACACUUGGGUCAUACACCCACUAACAAUGAAUGAUGAAUACAAGUUUUUUCUUCUUCUUCUAAGCAGUAUUAUUUUAAAGCAAGAUCUUUGAAUGUAGAUGUGUUUACACAUCAGAUGAUGAUGCUGGACUAAUAUGGUGGACUACAAUAUUUGGUCCUUUGACUUUUAGGGCAAAAUGUAUUUUCCCUCUUUUUGGUGUGAGAGAAUAUUGAGGGAGACCCCAUUUGUUAAGUUUAGAAGUGUCCAUUAUGGCUCAAAGUAUGCAAAAGUUAUGUAGCAAAACGAGUGAAUGGUAAGGCUGGCAAUCGACAACUAACUUCCAGGACGAAGCGACCAAAACGGAAGACGUAUCAUUGUUCCAUCUUGCUCAGUAUCAUCUAUGGGUCUGGUCGUUGUUUCUGGGGUUUCAGACAAAAGUAUUUUGGGAUUCCAGGAAAUUCCAGAGAUUGAGCCUGGGACUUUUGAAAGGUUGAGCCAUUGAGCUGUGCCUCGUCGCCAGACAAAACGAAUGCAGGUGACGACAGUGAAAACAUGUUGAGUUGACUGAUGGAAAGUCCAAUACUAGAUUUUGCCAUCACCUAUACACACAUAUAUACUUCACCGUGUUAAUCCUAUUAGGACCACCACCGUCACCUUUCAAUGCAUGACUAUAGAACACACAAGAUCAAGCGUGGGAGGAAAGCUUCAGCAGUGAAAUUCAUGCCCGAAUAAUUUUGAUACGGGUUUCUAGAAAUUAGAAUUGGCUUAAAUAAAGUUUCCAGGUUGGCUAGAGGAAGACUACCAUGUAACUUUAAACCCAAGUAGAUUGGGAAGCAGGACAAAGUGCUGGGCAAUGUGACGUCACGGAGAUGGACAAAGGUACCUGUUUUAUAUUCCCGUUCAUCCUUGUAGUUUCAAGAUGGAUCUUGACUGAAGUUUGCCCAUGCCUGAUCUUGACUCUCCAAGAUAAAGCAGGGCAUAAAUAAAUACGAGGGUCAUCCAGAAAGUUGAUUACAUUUUGGAAUUAAAAAUGAACAAAGUAUAGCAGAAAACAUUUACCAUAUGCAGUUGAAAGCCACACCCAAAUACCACAUCUCAACAUAGUCGCCAUUGAAAUCUAGGCACUUAUCGUAACGAUGAAUGAGCUUGGCAACUCCUUCCCCACAAAACUCCGCCGCUUGCAUCCUCAACGACGAUGCGCAGCUGCGGAAAGGGGUGACCGGCUGGUUGAGGACACAAGCGAUAGAGUUUUGUGGGGAAGGAGUUGCCAAGUUCAUUCAUCGCUAUGAUAAAUGCCUAGAUUUGAAUGGCGACUAUGUUGAGAAGUGGUAUUUGGGUGUGGCUUUCAACUGCAUAUGGUAAAUGUUUUCUUCUAUACUUUGUUCAUUUUUAAUUCCAAAACAUAAUCUACUUUCUGGAUAACCCUCGUAUAAUAAUAAUAACAACAACAACAACAAUAAUAACAAUAAUAAUAAUCUUGGAUGGAACUAAAGAAGCACCACAAUCUGUUCUCCUUGCUCUCAUGUCUUCAUCCCUCCCUUGAAAGGGUACAGAUUCACCCAGAUUUAUGGCACCACGAUCUUCUUACCUCCCUGUUCAAGCUUAAAGUUUACAAGAGCUUUGUGCUGUAAUCCCACCUUACAAGCUUUAAUUUCAAGAUGCAGUAUAUGAGUAUGUUCAGUGCUGGGAAAUAAAUACAGCACUGGAUGUUUGCUCUGGAUGCACCAUCAGUAGGCUAUAGGUAAACUACAACUCCCAUUGUAGUGAGUCUGUCCCCUCAAACCCCUCCAGUAGGUUGAGUUAGUCCUGGGAUUCUGUAUGCCAAGUUUGGUUCAGGCCCAUCAUCGGUGGAGACCACAGUUUCCCUGGUUGUGGGUGAACUACAACUCCCAGAAAGGAAGGUUAGUUCCCACAAACCCCUCCAGUAUUCAAAUUUCAGCAUAUCAGGUGUGUGUGUGCCAAGCUUGGUCCAGAUCCAUCAGUAUAACCAUUUCAAUUACACAAAUAUAGGAACAUUAAAAAAGGAUUAAAUAUAAACAUUAUUUUUUUUUAAAAAAUCCCAGUGUAAAACCAUUAAAACAACAAACCCCCAAACUGAUCAUUAAAACCUUCAUCUUUAGAAGCCUGCCUGAAUAAAAAGGUUUAAAGAGACAGAUUCAUCGCCUUUGCUGAAGAUGCCCGAGAUUGAACUCAUUGAGAGGAGCAGUUAAAACCAUUGGAUGAUUUCAGUUAAGUUGUGCACUUUAAGCAUAAUUUGUUACGUUUUCUGCACUAUCAAUAACAUUUCUCCGUGAGCACAAACUAGUGCUUACCUAAUUUAUUUAUUUUUUUGGAUCAAAAGAGAAUACAUUUGACCAGAUCUAGCCUUCGUAUGGGUCAGGUAUCCCUUAUCUGAAAUGCUUUUGGCCAGAAGCGUUUCCUAUUUUGGAUUUUUAUUCAGAAUUUGGAAGACUUGCAUAUGCCUCAUGAGAUGAGACCCAAUUCUACACCAACAUUUAUUUAUGUUUCAUAGGCACCUUAUGCACACAGAAUGGAGAUAAUUUUAUACACAAUAUUUUAAAUAAUUUUGUGCGCAGAACAAGGUUUGCAUACACGAAAACAUCCAAAAACAAAGAUAUCGUAACAUAAUAAAUAAGCAUCAUAAUAUCUUGGAUUUGGGAGUACUUUAUGUUUCAUAGGCACCUUAUGCACACAGAAUGGAGAUAAUUUUAUACACAGUAUUUUAAAUAAUUUUGUGCGCGGAACAAGGUUUGCAUACACGAAACCAUCCAAAAACAAAGAUAUCGUAACAUAAUAAAUAAGCAUCAUAAUAUCUUGGAUUUUGGAGGACUUCGGAAUUUUGGAUAAGGGAUAUUCAACCUGUAUUACUGUUAUUUUCUUUAAUAAUUUUCAAUAAUUACAAGCAUGGGCAUCAAGCCAAAGCAUAUAUGCUAAUCCUAUUUAAAAGUUGUGUUUUAGUAGCAUGGGUCUAGACAGAUCGAUAACAUUGUCUCUGGCAGUGCUGCUCACAGGGUUUGUUCAAACAUUAUUUUUUUAACCCAAAAUUAAUAGUGUGGAGUUUUAUUUUUAUUGGGGAAAAUAUUGUAGUUAGUAGACUAUAUGCUUGAGGUUGUUCACCUCAAAAAUGGGGCACUUUUUCCCUUUUCAAUGCUGCAAUCUUUAAGCACAUGUUGGAAUACCAAUUCCAUUUCGAGUGAAGCUUUAUCUCAAGGAACUGCUUUCCUACGCAUAAAAGUAUGAUAACACAGACCCCUGUCUAGCAGGAAUGAGUCAGAACUCAGGCUGCCAGAUAAUGCAGUUUGAAACUGUGUUAUAUGGUCAGUGUAGACCCCUAGCAUGCAACCUGAACUGCAUUAUAGGGUCUGCUGCAUUAUAUGGCAGUAUGGACCCAGCCUAAGUUGCUCCAUUGGCUUCAACUACAGUUGUACCACGAUCUUAAGUCUUGAAAUAAUGCAUUAUUUAGGCAAACGAAAUAAAGACAAGGAGUUUGUUUAAAUUCCAGGGUGAGCUGCAAUUUUAGUAGGCUGGGAAUGGAAUUCCCCUUGUUUUGGACUACAACUCCCAUUACCUAGGAUAGUGGUUCUCAACCUGUGGGUCCCCAGAUGUUUUGGCCUUCAACUCCCAGAAAUCCUAACCACUGGUUGAGAACCACUGGCCUAGGACUUCUACCAAGCAUCUACAUUGCAGAAUUAAUACACUUUGACACCACUUUAUUUGCAUGGCUCAAUGCGGUGGAACCAUUGUUCCAUGCAAACUAUAAAUCCCAGGAUUCCAUGCAAACUAUAACUCCCAGGAUUCCAUAGCAGUUCAAGUGGUAUCAAACUGCAUUAAUUCUGCAGUGUAGACGCACCCAGUAGAAAUCAAAAGCAUCUUGGAGGCCAAAAAUUCCUCAUCCCUGCUGUAAGAUAGAGAUUGUUUGAGUAGGUGUUUACAAAGGUUGUAGAUAUGUCAGAAGUGAGUGAACUAAUGUCAAGUCGGACUUUAUAGGGCCUUUUUUUUUUGUCCUGGAGCUCUUUUACGCUGCAUUGGUAUAGCAUGGAGAUUCCACUUUAACUGCUAUGCAAACCAGAGGUUUGUAAACAAGAAAUGCUCAAACUCACUGGCAGGUAAUUCUAGGAACUUUCCUCUAAAGUGCAAAUGCCAGGUGUCCAUAAAACAUGAGAAAUAAGAUGGCAUCAUAAAGUACAUCUCCACUUUAAAGUAGUGGGAGUCAUGAAACACAUUGAGCCAUGGAUCCCAUAGCAAUGGGUGCAGAUGCAUUGAGCCAUGGAUUCCAUAACUUUGAGCCACAACGCAGUGCUGUGGAAUCCUGGGCUUUGACGUUUGGUAAGUCACCAGCAUCCUUUGGCAAAGAAGUCUAAAACUACAACUCUCAGGAUCCCAUAGCCAUGGCAGAUUAAAGUGGCAUGAAACGGCAUAAAUUCUCCGCCUUGAGUGUUAUCAUUGUGUAGCGUGAAAGGGACAUUGCUAAUAAUGCGGUGUGCAUUUCUGUGAUGGGUUUCAUGUGGUUGUGGUUUUGCACUUUUCCUUCCGUUCACGAUUAAACGUUUUCAAUUAACGUGA